AUGAAAAUCAAUGAAAAUGUAGUGACCAUAGCAUUACACAAACUAGAGAUAUUUUUAAACAAACCUAUUUAUAUUGGAAUGAUAAUUUUGGAUUUGGCUAAGACAACUAUUUGUCUUUCAUUAUGGGUACAUGAAAAUGCUAAAAGUGUAUUUAGGGAGUUUGUUACAACUAGACAAGACUAUGGCUUUUUUUCUUUGAAAAAUAGAAAAGGUUUUAGGAAAGAUUUUAGAAAAGAUUUUAGAAAAGAUUUUACAAAAGUUUUUUUUGAAAAUAAUUUAGAAGAGAUUUUAGAAAAUAUUUUAGAAGAUAUUUUAGAAGAUAUUGCUGAAGAUAUUGUAAAAGAGAUUUUAGAAGAGAUUUUCGAAGAUUUUGUAGAUAUUGUAGAAGACAUUGUAGAUAUUUUAGAAGAGAUUUUAUUAGAAAUUUUAGAAGAGAUAGAUUUUAGAAAAGAUAAAUUUUGGAAAAGAUUUUGGAAGAUAUUAUAA